AUGUUAUGGUCCGAAGGUGUUAAGCGCGCCGCGGACGCUUUGCAGCCGAACGGCCGCCAAAAUGUCGAACAGCUGAUCUUGGGGCUGGACCACCUGACGGAGCCAGUCACCGAGAACGCGGCUAAGCCCGCCGCGGACGCUCUGCCAUCGGACGGCCGCCAGAAGGUGGAGGAGCUGAUCUCGGGGAUGGGCCACCUGAGCGCGCGCGAGCGCAACCAGCUGAAGCGCAAGGCCAAGGCGCAGGCGCGCGGCCGCGAGGCUGCUUACGUCAGCAGGGAGGAGGAGGGGCCCGCGGCCAAGAAGCAGCACGCCAGCAAGACCGUCGUCACGGAGCAGCCGCAGGACGGGAACAAGGCAUCUUCUGGAUACGAGAUUGCCGCUUCGUUUCAAAGCACUCUCCCCUUGUGGUGGUUGAGGCUGUCGCUGACGAGGACGCGGACGAGGACGACUCUGCGGGCGCGUGGCCUUUCUUCAGCUUCUGCGACCGCCUCCUGA